UCUCAGCUCUCCUAGACAUCUCACCAAGAACAAGCUUAAUUCUAGUUAACACACACAAGUGCAAAGCAUUCACCAUGGAUGCCAAGAGCAGAGUGUCCUCGGUCUUCUUCCUUGUGGUGCUGCUGCUCUCAUGCAGUUGCAUGACCAGGGCGGCACGUUACCUUGAGGAGAAAGUACCAAAGGAGGAGGUGCCCAAGAUGCCCGAGCUGCCACAUCCAGUUGUGCCGGAGGUGCCAAAAAAGCCAGAAGAGUCGCAUCCCGUUGUUCCGGAGCUACCAAAACCCGAACUACCCCACCCAGUUAUGCCGGAGGUGCCAAAGAUGCCCGAAGUUCCCCAUGUCUCGAUUCCAAAAGUACCAAAGUCUGAAAUCCCGCAUCUGGUUGUGCCAGAGGUACCAAAGGCGCCUGAAGUGCCACACCCCACCGUGCCGGAGGUGCCUAAGAUGCCCGAAGUGCCACACCUGAGUACACCAGAAGCACCAAAGGUGUCUGAAGUGCCACACCCUACCAUGUCAGGGGUGCCAAAGAUGCCCGAACUUUCCCAUCCAGUCAUGCCAGAGGUUCCAAAGGUGUCUGAAGUGCCACACCCUGCUGUGCCGGAGGUGCCGAAGAUGCCAGAAGUGCCACACCCUGCUAUACCAGAAAUGCCGAAGGCAUCUGAACUUCCACACCCCGAAGUGCCGGAGGCGCCAAAGAUCCGCGAAGUUCCACAUCCUGCCGUGCCAGAGCUGCCAAAGAUGCCAGAAAUGCCUCACCUCACUAUGCCCGAGGUGCCAAAGCUGCCCGAAGUGCCUCACGUGUCUAUACCUGAAAUCCCGCACCCAGCCAUACCGGAGGUGCCAAAGCACGAGCUGCCACCUGUCCCCAAAGUUGAGGUGCCACCGAAACCUGAGGGCAUCCCGCAGUAUCCGAAGCCAGAGGCCAAGCCAUGAUGCAAACUGGGAGCCAACAUCUGUAUACUACGUUCUAUUGUGUGUGUGCGUGCAUGCGUGCGUGUACUGUUAUAUAAGGUGUGGUGAUGUUUGUCUACAUUCUUAGCUUGUUAGCUUGUUCAUGACGAGCUAGUAAGUCUACGAGCAUAAUAUGUCUUAGUGGUUUGUGUGUUUGUAUUGCUUUUUCUUUGACGAUGGAUAGUGUUGUAUGUAUAUGUACAUGUAACAUGUUAUUAUUGUUUCAUUCGUGUGUAAA